GACAGCGGCGACGAGAGCAGCAGCGCCUGCGAGCCGCCCUGCGAGGUGCUGCGGGCCCACCCAGAGGACGCGGACGGCGUCCCCCAGGCUCGCCGUGCCCGCCGCCGCCGCCGCGCCGAGCCGCCGUCGUCGGCGACUGAGUCCGCGGAGGAGGACGAGCCCGCCGCCAAGGCCGAGGCAAACGCCGAGGCCGACGGCGACGCGGGCGCCACGGGUUCGGCAGGCGCGAGCCGCGCCGAGGCUGGCGCCGAGGCUGGCGCCAAGGCUGGCGCCGAGGCUGGCGCCGAGGCCGGCGCCGAGGCUGGCGCCGAGGCUGGCGCCAGGGCUGGCGCGAGGGCGGGCGCAGAGGUCGCCGCGUCGGAGAGGACCGACGAGACGGCGGUCGCCUGGCGCAUGAUGGGCUUGCCUGGCGAGCCGCCCCGCCAUAUUCCCGACAGCGACUACGUGGCCAUGAUGAAGGAGAAGUUCAAAAAGGAGGCGGCCGAGAGGGAGGCAGCCCAGGUGGCCCAGGUGCAGGCAGCCCAGGCGGAGGCAGCCGAGAACGAGGCGGCGGUGAAGGAGGCAGCCCAGAAGGAGGCAGCCGAGCAGGAGGCAGCCCAGGCGACGGCAGCCCAGGCGGAGGCAGGCAAGCAGGAGGCGGCGGCGAAGGAGGCAGCCCAGAGGGCAGCCGAGCAGGAGGCGGCGGCGAAGGAGGCAGCCCAGAGGGCAGCCGAGCAGGAGGCGGCGGCGAAGGAUGCAGCCCAGAGGGCCGCCGCCCAGGCAGCGGAGCAGCCAGCGCAGGCUGCGCCCCAGCAGCAGCAGCAGCAGCAGCAGCAGCCGCAGGCUGUGCCCCAGCAGCAGCAGCAGCAGCAGCAGCAGCAGCAGCAGCCGCAGGCUGUGCCCCAGCAGCAGCAGCAGCCACCGCAGGCUGUGCCCCAGCAGCAUCAGCCCUUCGAAUUUGGCAUGGACUUCUCCGACUUCUUCAACACCAGCGGCGGCGACGAUCUCGACAAUAAGCUAGCCUCGCAGGCGGCGAAGCUAGCAGCAGCUGUCGACGAUGAUGUGAUGUGCAACGUGCUGGGCGAGAUCUACAAGUCGCCUUCGUGGAGCUCCUACACGUCCACGGAGGCCGAGCUCGACGGGCAAGAGGUCGACCCCGACAACUGCACCAUUGACGCCGACAUGAAGGACGCAGAGUUUUGGGAGAGCGUGCGAGCCAAGAACUGGAUGUUCAACGCGAGGGGCGCCGCGGGCAAUGCCGCAGGUGGCCGCUGGCAACGGCGCAUCACGGGGAAGGGCGCUCAGAGCAAGGCCGACAAGAAGGAGUGCGACAAGCUGAGCGGCAACCAGGACGCCCAGGCAAAGUUCAGGGCGCAGUGGCUCAAGAGCACCUUCAAGCAUAAGAUGCAGGAGAGGGUCCACACGAAGCAGUUCCGCAAGCGCGUCUACAAGGACGGCAGGUACCUGACAGCCAACAGGAUCAUCGUGGAGGAGGGCGGCGGCAAGCGCGGCUCCAGGAGCUGCGCCAACUACUGCCUCAAGUGUUUGGCCAUCGGCGCGCCAUUCGUCAGCGGGCGCGUCAAAUAUUGCAGCUGGCGCAAAGACCUCGUCUUCUUGUAUUUCAUCGAGGGCGUGGAGGAGGAUUUCACGGAGGUCUGGGCGUUGACGAAGAAGUUCUUCGAACAGGCUGAGGGCCCCGCGCAGACCCGCGCGGCCGUGAGCAACCAGGAGAGCGACGCCGCGACGAUCGAUCUCUUUGACACCGCGCGCCAGCAGGGCAAGGCGGAGGAUGAGGCGGCGCUGAAGCACGAGGAGGAGCGCCAGGCAACGGAGCAGGCGGCGCAGAGGCGCGAGGCAGAGGAGCAGGCGGCGCGGGAGGCGUCCAAGCGAACUGGCGCUGAGGACGCUAGCUCUGGCCCCCGCUCGAAGCGCGUGAAGAAGAGCGACGGCGGGGCAGGAGGUGCCCCUGGGGAGGAGCCUGCAGCCGCGCCAGGAACCGACGCCGCCCCCCACAAGAAGAAGGCGAAGAGGGAGCAGACGCCGCUCCAGAAGGCGAUGGCCGAGGCGAAACUUGUGCUCCAGAUGCACGGCCAGGUGACGGCGUCUGCAACUACCUUGAGCAAUGCGAUUGCCAAGGCGGAUGCGAAGUGGGCCUUUGCCAAUUCGCCCGAGGUGCUCGAGCCCUUCACCAAGGCGAACGACAAGCUGAGGAGGACGAUCGACAGCAAGCCCGCCUUCGCGGAGUUCCUGCGCGCCCGCGACCUCGGCGAGCUCCAGGCAGUGGCAAAGAAGAAGGACGGCCUGAAUGAGUUGCAGGCCGACCUGGAGUCGUUCGCCAAGCUGGUCAACCCGUGUUUGGAGGAGAUCCAGCUCGAGACGAGGCCGCUGGUCAGCACGGCGGAGACGAGGGAGGAGGAGAAGGCCAAGGCGGCCGCGGCAAAGGCGGACAAGAACAACACGGUCCCCAAGAAGCCUCGCAAGAGCAAGGCGGCGACGGCGGAGUCGUGA